UCGAUAAAGCGCUUUUUCUAUGUUGUACCUCCCAAGGUCACGAAAAGCCAUCGCUGCAAAUUAGCUCACCCACGGAUGUUCGUCGAGUAGACAUCUGCAUGCCGGGCCUGACUGAAGAGCAUCAAGCCUUCAUCCGCUCUAAAGCCGCCGCUGAUGCCACCCGCAUGUUCGGCACUGACGCUUCCACGCCUCUCACUUCAACUUCCGCUACUACCCUCACGUUCCGCGAUAACCCUGAGACGCACACCUCCCCGCAAGCACGAUCUCAUACCCAAGUCCCACGAAUCAAAAGUUGGAGGAACCACGCCCGUAAGCUCAGUGCUUCGCUGCCAUAUGGGUACAAAUCUGUGCAUAGCACUUCAGAUGGAGCGGACGGCAGCAUGGUGGCGCUGAGGGAGCAGAAGAGCGAAGGCGGAUUCGAGCAGCAAGGAGUAGUCGGGGGUGGAAUGUCUCAAAAAUCCGACGUCGACGGAAGUGGAAGCGAUGGCGAGGGUGUUGGGUUGGGAAUUGAGAAGGGCGAGAAGGUUUCGCUUGUCGUGCCGAUCAAGGGAUGAGAAGUGAUUGUGCGACACCGCAAUCUACCGCUAUGGGCACAUUAACGAAGAAGCGCUAGAACCUAAGAUUGCGACGGUGGGGUGUGAAGGAAG